AUGGGUAACAGCGGGUCCGCCAACGGUCAUUUUAUUAAACGCGACGAGUCCUUCGGGUCUCCUCGACAAAAACAUGCAGUCGAUGUAAGUAAAAGGAAAAUUAUCAAAAAAUUCUUUUAAAAAUAAAAAAAAAUUUUAUUGUAAUUGUAAAAUACGCACAUCUUCCUUUGCAGAUAGUCCGAUCCGGCAGUUAUUUCGGGAGUAACGAGCGAAUUUCGAAUGGAACUCAACGGAGUCCCUCUUUCCACAAAAAUAAUCGGUCCCAAUCCCUGGAGCAGAGUGGGACUCAUUCUCCCUCAAGUUCCCACUCCUCCUCAUCCAACUCGUAUCUUGGACAUGACAAAAAUUGCCUACGGCAAUCGGCUCAACCAAUGUUUCAGAUCAGCGGCGAUUUGAACCCGCAGCAAAUACAUUUGGUCAAACGGACUUGGAAAAAUGUAAGUGUAUAUGUGGCGGCGUAUUUUACACAAUUUCCACAAUGGCGGACCUGAUCCAGUGGCAAAAAACUUGUAAUUUUGAAUCCGGGAAGUAUCAAAAAUGUAGCAAAAUGCCUCCAUCUCCAAGUGAAGAAAACUCCGAUUUCAAAAGCCGCUCGCUCUUUUUGUGAGAGAAGCCCUUCGAAACGGAGUUUUUUUAGCUAGAGAGGGAGGUAUUUUGCCACAUUUUUGAUACUUCCCGAAUGCAAAAUGAUACGUUUUUUGCCACUGGAAGGCCCCACUGUACAAAAAACGAACAAAAAAUUUAAAAACAAGUUUUGCCUUGUGUCAAAGACCAUAACGAUUUUUUUAAGAAGCUAAUAACCAUGACUAAUAAUUUUUUUUGGCGACAUUGGGAGUCGUUUUACAGGGCUUACAUUGUUUUUUAAUGUCUCAGAUUUUCUAUAAAUUUUUUUGCGUUUUCGAGCACAGGCCACAAGUGAAUUUCUAAAAUUUUUAGCCCGCGCUUUGCAGGGGCAGCCAAAAUAUUCAACGAUCUUUGCGGCUGAGAGAGUACGCAGAAUCUUGGGGAGCAGUCACAGAAAAAAACCUCUUUUUGGCCAUAUCUUUUCCACUUUUAUGUGGAAUACUUUUUUUGAGGAAGUGUUGCUCUCUACGGUAGAAAAAGGUGUGAAAGUUUUCAUGCCAAAAUUCGCAAAAAAAAGUUCCACGUUUUUUGCAACUUUCGAGCCAAAACUCUCUGUCGUUUCUGCAAAGCGCGGGCUAAAAGUCGUGGACAUGUCUUUAAAAAAGUUAUUCUACAUCUAUGUCAAGUUUCAUCAAAAUCUGACCAUUAUAUUUGGAGCACUUCCCUUAUGAACUUGCUCAAAGUUUCAGUAAAAUCUAACCAUUUCCUUCUCUCAAAGCAAAUUAAAUUUCCAUUUUUUUCAGCUCAUGAAAUCCAUCAACGAUGAUGAACAAGAGAUCGCGAUUCGCCUGCUCCUUCGUUUCUUCCAACUGGAGCCCCGGAACGUUGCUCUGUUCGGCCUCCCAACUGAUGUGCCGUUGAAUGAGCUCCGACAAAACCCAAUUUUCAUGCGACAUGUAAAGGUAAAUAAACCCUACUUUGAGAUGACUAUUUCUUACGUUUUUAGGCCUUUGAACCAACGCUGAUUCACGUGAUGUCACACCCUGGGAAUGCGACAACUUUGAGCAAAUAUUUGCAACAACUUGGAGGAAGGCAUGUGCAGAAUACGGGAGUGACUUACAAGAGCACUUACUGGAAGGUGAGAUAACGUUGAUCGGAAAAGAAGGCGUUUUAAAAUACGGUAUAACCAAUAGGGCACUUCCCUUCUCUCCACACCGACAAGGGAGUUUUCCUGGAGAUUGGUGUUUUCUUGGAGAUUUGAGUAUUUUGUGAAAGCAGAGGCCAUAUGUGAUAAUAGUUUUGAUUUUAGCGGUUGUGCGGAAGGAUUUGAGACGGUUUUUGAACAGUUUUGUCAGAUGUCAUGGAGAAUAUAACUUUUGUUCGGGUUGGACGUUUUUAAUGGGAAUCUAGGUAUUUUUGUAAAGGAAUCGAUAUUGCUGAUUAGUUAAUUGGAAAGAGAACCUGAAGAGGACGUAUUUUAAACAACAUUUUUGACUUUAUUUUAUAUUUGAUGAUGAAUAAGAUAAUUUUAUGACGAUUUUUGCCUGAUAUUUAGCCAUUCGAAAGGAGAAAAGUUUCGACAUAGUUUGUUUGACUAGAUUCGAGACUUUUUUUUGAGGUUCAUACUUUUUUUUCCAAAAAAAAUUUCCCCAAGUGCCGCUCUCAGAUUUUCUUUAAAUUUUGCACACACGUCGGGCAUAGAAUCAUUAUCAAUUUUUGAAAGUUUUAGCUCGCGCUUUGCAGGCGCCGCCGAGAUAUUGAAUGAUCUUUGCGGCCGAGAGAGUACACUAAACGCGGUCAAAAGAGAAACAAUUUUUGGCCAUGUCUUUGCUACUUUGUGUCGUGCGGAAAGAUGAUUUUUUAUACACCUCAUAGAAGUACUUUCCUUGUUAGAAAAAGAGAAUGGAAAUAAUGAGGUCGACAUGUGAAAAAAUCACAUAAAUGCAAACUUAACGUCGUUUUCAAAGUCCCAAAUCCAUCUCAUUUCUUCACUCUUUGAUUUGACGCAAGUUGAAAAACAUUUCCUUGCAAAACUUCAGUCAAAUUUUUUUUUAUUUUUCUGGAAUUUAUGUAUUAUAUGUACAUACAUGCAUCAAGAAGACUACAUAUAAAGAUAAACAUUGCGUAUUUUACUCUCAUCUUUAAAAACCCUCACUUUCAGACCUUCAUGCAAGCCCUUGUGGACGUCGUGGACGCCGGCAAGAUCUCCGCCGACGCCUACGAAGCUUUCAUGGUGUUGGGCGCGUUCUGCGUGGAGCAAAUGAGGAUCGGCUACAAGAUCGAAUACAAACUUCAACGGGAGGCGGAGCGGAUAGCCAAAGUCCAGAUGCAGAAGCGCGCGCACUCCGUGCAGAGUCGGCAUCACAAGACGUCCAGAUAG